AUGGACCUUAGGUGUUCUCAGUUUAUCGAUAUCCAUGGAGACCUAGAACCUGCUUGGGUUGGCUAUGUUUUCACUGUUUUGAAUGCAGUUUUCAGUGGAAGUGCAAUCUUAGGAAAUCUUCUGAUCUUGGUUGCCCUUAAAAAGGAUUCUCGUCUUCAUCCUCCAUCUAAGCUUUUGUUUCGUUCCUUGGUGUCGACGGAUCUCUGUGUUGGCCUUAUUGCGCAGCCAAGUUUUGUAAUUUAUCUUAUUUUUAUCCUUAAAAACAAAUUGAUCUUUUGUGAAAUAAUUGAAGGUGUAACCAACGUCUUCGGCGCUGUGUUUGCAGUUAUUUCGCUUUGCACAUUGACCGGAAUAAGUGUAGACAGACUUCUCGCUUUGCAGUUGGGAAUGAGAUACAAACUCUUUGUAACAGUGAUCCGAGUUCGUAGAAUCCUUGUUUUGUCCUGGUUGCUGGUUAUUUCCGGCGCUUUACUGCAAUUUUGGAACUUUGAUGUCUUCUUGGGCGUUAUGACAGUUGUUGUGGUGCCAUGUCUUGUGACGACAUCUUUCUGCUACUCAACGAUUUUUGUCACUAUGCGCCGUCGACGAGCGCAGCAGAUUGCUGAAACUGGAAAACAAACAGGACAGAUGCUCAAGUACAAAAAGACAGUCUACAAACUGUUGUGGAUUUCCCUCAUAAUAGCACUGUUUUAUCUACCGCUUGCAACCUUUAUAACCGUAAAACUCAUAAUCGGAGCCGAGGCAACUAAUGCAAUAUUAUUCGUACUCCUGUCGACGGUAGUUUUCCUCAAAUCCUCCCUGAACCCUUUUGUUUAUAUCUGGAAGAUCAGGGAAAUAAGAAGAGCUGUAGUUUUAACGCUGCGGAAUCGUUUUUUAUCUUGCCUCUAG